CUGCGAGCAGGCAGCGCCGGCCCCCCGCCCCGCGGCCCCGGGCCCCGGCUCCGGCGCCGUCCCCCCUCCCCGGCCGGGCGCCGCGGCCCUGGCAUGAGGAGCGGGCGAUGAUCCCGGCCAACGCCUCCGCCAGGAAGGGGCCCGAGGGCAAGUACCCGCUGCACUACCUCGUGUGGCACAACCGCCACCGCGAGCUGGAGAAAGAGGUCCGCGCCGGCCAGGUGGACAUCGAGCAGCUGGAUCCCCGCGGGCGGACUCCCCUGCACCUGGCCACCACACUGGGACACCUUGAGUGUGCCCGUGUGCUCCUAGCACACGGCGCAGAUGUGGGCAGGGAGAACCGCAGCGGCUGGACAGUGCUUCAGGAGGCUGUGAGUACCCGGGACCUGGAGCUGGUGCAGCUGGUGCUACGGUACCGGGACUACCAGCGGGUGGUGAAGCGGUUGGCGGGCAUCCCCGUGCUCCUGGAGAAGCUUCGCAAGGCCCAGGACUUCUACGUGGAGAUGAAAUGGGAGUUCACUAGCUGGGUGCCCUUGGUGUCCAAGAUCUGUCCCAGCGACACCUACAAAGUGUGGAAGAGUGGGCAAAACCUUCGGGUCGAUACCACGCUCUUGGGCUUUGACCACAUGACGUGGCAGCGAGGGAACCGCAGCUUCGUCUUCAGGGGCCAAGAUACGAGCGCCGUGGUCAUGGAGAUUGACCAUGACCGCCGCGUGGUGUACACGGAGACGCUGGCCCUGGCCGGGCAGGACCGGGACCUGCUGCUGGCGGCCGCCCAGCCCACGGAGGAGCAGGUGCUAAGCCGGCUCACUGCGCCCGUCGUCACCACACAGCUCGACACCAAGAACAUCUCCUUUGAGAGGAACAAGACUGGCAUCCUGGGCUGGCGCAGCGAGAAGACCGAGAUGGUGAACGGGUACGAAGCCAAGGUAUAUGGGGCAUCCAAUGUGGAGCUCAUCACCCGGACACGGACAGAGCAUCUUUCAGAACAGCACAAGGGCAAGGUCAAAGGCUGUAAGACACCUCUGCAGUCCUUCCUGGGAAUUGCUGAGCAGCAUGGGGGCCCCCAGAAUGGGACCCUGAUCACUCAGACUCUGAGCCAAGCCAACCCCACUGCCAUCACUGCAGAAGAGUACUUCAACCCCAACUUUGAGCUUGGCAACCGGGACAUGGGCCGCCCCAUGGAACUCACCACCAAGACACAGAAGUUCAAGGCCAAGCUGUGGCUGUGUGAGGAGCAUCCCCUGUCCCUGUGUGAGCAGGUGGCCCCCAUCAUUGACCUCAUGGCUGUCAGCAAUGCGCUUUUCGCCAAGCUCCGGGAUUUCAUUACCCUACGCCUGCCGCCUGGUUUCCCGGUCAAGAUUGAAAUCCCAAUCUUCCACAUCCUCAACGCUCGCAUCACCUUCGGGAACCUCAAUGGCUGCGACGAGCCGGUGCCGUCGGUGCGAGGCAGCCCCAGCAGUGAGACCCCGUCCCCAGGCAGCGACUCCUCCAGCGUCAGCAGCUCCAGUUCCACCACCUCGUGCCGCGGCUGCGAGAUCUCCCCCGCGUUGUUCGAGGCCCCGCGCGGCUACAGCGUGCUGGGCGGCCAGCGGGAGGCGGCGGCCCGGGACGACGACGACGACCUGCUGCAGUUCGCCAUCCAGCAGAGCCUGCUUGAGGCGGGCAGCGAGUAUGACCAGGUCACUAUCUGGGAGGCGCUGACCAACAGCAAGCCGGGCACUCACCCCAUGUCCUACGAGGCUCGCCGACAGGACAGGAGCGCCCCGCCCACGCCGCAGCGCCAGCCCGCGCCCCCCGCGGCCCUGGCGUCGGUGCCCAGCCCUCGGCCCAGCCCGCGCCCGGGCGGCCACGUGUUCCGGAGCUACGACGAGCAGCUGCGGCUGGCCAUGGAGCUGUCGGCGCAGGAGCAGGAGGAGCGGCGGCGGCGCGCGCGCCAGGAGGAGGAGGAGCUGGAGCGCAUCCUGCAGCUCUCGCUGACCGAGCAGUAGCGCCCGCGGCAGGACCCCUGGGCCCCGCCUCGCCCGCCCCGCCCCGGAGCCAGACUCGCUCGGGCCCGCGUGCCCGCCGGGCGCGGCCGGGAGACUGGAGCCGCAGCCUCGGGGCCGGAGAGGCGCCCCUGGCACCAGACGGGCAGGGGUUCGGCGAGGUCGCGGGGUACCUGUCCCGGCCAGGGCCCCGGAGGCAGCUCUCACGGCCCGGUCCCCCCUGCUUUGCUGUAUCCUGACGCCCACCACUCUAUCCUGGGCGCAGACUUGUCCGAGGGGGCCAGGCCGUCCUGAGGGGGAGGCGGGUCCUUAGAGGAGCAGUGUCCCCCAUCCCUCGCUCCUUCUGGCCGGUCCUCCUUUUCUGCUCACAGAACCCACUGUAGGACACUGUCCGUGAAGCCUUUGCAUCUCCGCUCUUCACCCCAGGGGGGCAGCUGAGCUCCCCACGUGCUGUGUUGCUGCUUUGUCCCAGACACAAACCAGCACGUCGAGGGCCCAGCUCCUCUUUCACCCCGGCAUUUCAGCGUCAAGUGCACUUAGCGGGGUGCCCGGCUUCCCCAGCCCCCCCCACGCCCCUCCCGGGUCUCAGGGUGGUCCCAGUUUCUCCUUGGGCGGCCAGAGGUUGGAGUCCCCAUGCCCACGGCACGCUUUUGUGAUCAGGGAGGGUGUCCAAGGUGCACCCCCCCCCGCCUCUUCCCCCCCACCCCCCGGCCUGGGCAAGGCCUGAUUUCUUCAUGAUGUCUUGGCAAAUGGGGGACAAUAUUUUGGGCUGGGGGCGAGCACUAGACCCUGUCCCCUGGCCCCGCUUAUGGGCAGGUGCACCCUGGAGCCCUCUCACCGGCUCAAGGCCCUGGCACCACCACCCACCCCUUCCCACCAGCUGCUGCUAGCCCUCUGUGGUCGUGUGUCCCACCUGCCCCCAGCCAGGGGCUGACUCUAAACCCUUCAUCCAAUGGUGCUAACCCCCGGCUCUCCCCUGCCCCACCCCACCCACCCAGAGAAGCACAGACCCCGCUAGGGGCAGGGGCCCAUCGCACACCCUUGUCCGCCUUCUCUCAGGCUGGCCUUCCUGGCUCAGCCAGUGAGGCUCAGCAGGGACACAAAAGGGACGGAAGAAAAGAACAAAGAGAAACUGUUCCUCUCACCUCCUUCCCUGAUGCCAGGGGCACCGGACUGACUCUGAGGCACAAAUAAAAGAGGCUUCAAACC